AUGUCGUCGCUUGAUGAGACCAACGCGUUCGCCGCUUUAAAUCAACUCAUUUUACCCAAUAGCAUAUCGCCGACAAAAAUGGGCUCCGGCGGGCAGCUCGAUGAGCAGGUGCUCAAAAUUCUUCAAGGAUUGCCAUUGUUCAAUAAUAUGCAGAAUCCGAUGCGAAUCGAGACGACAACGACGACAGAACCGCUGACGAACGGCAUCGACGAGGUCGAGAAGCCGUCGCCGUCGAACGAUUCGUCGCGUCAGACGAUGUCACCCGAGUCCGACGAGCAGAAUUCGGACGGGAUUCAGAAGGCGUUGACGACGUCGACGAAAUCGUCGGAAGGUUGGUAUGAAUGUUUCACGACGACGUCUAAAGCCGAAUUCGACGCGCUCAUUUAUUCGCUGUAUGUGAUUGAGAAGGACGAACGCAAAAUGGAUGGUUGGCAGUAUUUCGAAUGUCUGAAUCGACUACAGAAUAAGUGUCGGUUCAAGAUUCGCACGAAGAAGCAAGAUGAGUUCUUGAUUGUUGAGGAGAAGUGCGCCCAUAAUCAUGGGAUUGAGCCCGUCGGACAGGCUGGAAGCCACGCUGGAUUACCAAAAACUGUUCGUGAGAUCGUCGACAAGGCAUUCAAUGAGAAUUGGUCGAACGAUAUGAGGGAUGAGCGAAUUGGCGACGAGAUUCGAAGGCUCGGAUUGCCGAAGAACCCGCGAUUGGGCCGACAAAUCGAUAAUCGAGUUGCUUACUUGAGGCGGGUCAAGAAUCUGAACGAGACGAAGAAGAUCCAGGAUCAGGUCAAUGCCACCGCCAUUGAUCCGAACGCGUUGUUCACCCCGCAAAUGCUGCAGAUGUUGAUGGAGCAGAACGGUGGAAGUCUGGUUGUUGAGAAGGAUGUCGUCGAUAAACUCGUUGGAGAAUUCGGAGCGCAAUUGCAGAACAAUGAGAAUGUCGAUGUGAAACCGGAGGUUAACCAUCACGAUUAUGCAAUUCCUGAAGCCCAACAAGAGAAUAUGGAUACUAACUGA